AUGUACAGAGGCGCGGUGGUGCUCGUUUGUCUGGUGGUCAUCGCCGAGGCAAAGAUCCUUGACUUCGCGAGGAUACAAAACUACACGAGGUGGCUGGGCUUCGGAGCCCUCAACGAGACCGACAACGAGUUGUGGAGUGGCAUCAUCAAGGAUUGCCGCAAGGAGGUGACCUUCUCCUGCAUCCAGAAGAACGCCUACGAGUACUUGGACCACACGUUGCUGGACCCGGGGAACAUCACCGUCUUUGAUGGCCUGAGUCUGGUCAGGAACAACCUGGACUACGACGCUUGCGUCAAAAGUGACCUGAAGAGCAAUCUCGUGGAGGAUGACGGUGGAAGCGAUGAGGGUCGGGGGGCGAAGGUCAACGAGGAGGAGGAAGAGGAGGAGCACCUGUCUCCGUUGGAGGAAGUGACCCACGCGCUGAGGGAAAAGGCCAUCAAGUUUUUGGCCACCAGGGACUAUCGGAUUCAGUUGCCGGGGUUCAUUGGGUCGGGGGCUGGUUUUAACAUCAGUCCCCGCGAGAUCGACGAAAGGGGGGCUCUGGUUAGGAUCGACUUUGACAUGCGGGCCAUCGAAGAGCAGCAGCAGGGACGACUGUUUUUCAUUAAAAAGAUCAAAAAGCACAUCCAGCAAAAGCUGUUCACGGCCCUACUGCUCAUCAUCCUGGUGAUAAAAAUAAUCAAGUUCAAGUUCAUGUUCGUGAUCCCGUUCCUCUUCGGCGUAGGCGCGGCCAAGAAGCUGUUCCUCAAGCUGCUACUGUUUCUCAUUCCUGCGUUUGGCCACGUGUUCAAGCUCUGCUCGAGCUAUUACAGCAGCCAUGCGACGAAAUACCACCAUCACCAGCACAAGGUUGCCCAUCAUCAUCACCACAUCCCCGUGCCAGUGCCAGUUCCCGUAUCCAAGCCAGUCUAUUACGACCAUCCCCCACCCUCCCACGUAUACGACCACCCCCCUCCCUACAUCCUCGACGAGGACUUCCAGGGCUACGACUACGCCCACCCGCACAUCCAGUACCGCAAGGACAUCGAGGAGCUCAAGGAGUGGGGCAUUGAGCCCUACGACGAACCCUACGACCAGCUGGCACCCCAGCCGGGUAUGGUCUACCCCGUCCCCGCGUUCACUGGCACCCCCUCCAAGCUGAGCCCCAAGAUCUCUGCACCGCCGCACAAUAGUCUGCCACCGCCAUUCCUGGCGAAGCCGUCCUCGAUCGUCGACAAGGUGCCACCACUUCCUAACUCAGCCUCGCACUCCUUGGCUUACUCGGCUUACGCGCCAUCGUCCCCACCAAGGUCCACUGGUAUCAGGCCACCCCCUACCCCGCUGCCACCGGGGGUUGUCGAGGCUCCGUUUUUCGGACCACAGAAACCACCCGCGAUGCAGGUCAACAAACAGCAACAGGUUUUCGGAGGUUUUCCACAACAGCAGCAGCAAUCGAGGCCGGGGCACAACCCCCAACUGCAACACUCGGCCAGCUCGGCGAAUGCAGCGCUGGUAACGGUGCCACAGAAGAGCAAACAGUACGACGACGAGUUUUACGGGCCAAUUGUCGAGAGGCUAGACGAGAUCUUCAAUCAACUGAGGUUCUCCGAAGAGAGCUGUCGCGAGAGGCUCGUCUGCAGCAUGUACAAGAAUCCAGCGCUCUACGCGCCGCACAGCAACAUCGUCUCGAACGAGCUAUCUAGGGAUCCGCAAGAGUUGCGUGAAAAUGUAACAUCCCUCAGCAGUCAGCGAUUCCAUCGAUAUUUCAACGCAGCGCAAAUAGGCCAGGACGGUGGUGACUGUUUGCGAGCAUUUUACUGUAGCAUCAACACGGAAUGA